AUGGCGUCUCAAGUUCAUGUCUUUGUCUUUGGUAUGCAAGAGGGCAUGACCCGCUAUCGCCUCACACGUGCUGAACCUAAGACUCUUGAGGAGGCAUUUGCCCUCGCGCUUCGUGAAGAUUAA